AUCGGCUCGUCUCUCCGCUCAAAGCACGAACCAUUCCGGUCACUGCUGCUGCUGCUAUCUAUUUGAUUUUUAUAACUUUAUUAAUUAGUGUUGUUCGAGUCGAACGAUGAUAGAUUGACAAAACAGCUCAGACUCCCCAAGAAGCGCUUCCCGCACGCGUUCCGACAAUAGUGUUUUCCCAGAGCUCAGUGGUAGUGUUGACGACGGUUAGGUUGUUGUUUGCGCCGGUAUCCGGUUGGUCAGCGCGAGACCAGUGCAUCCUAGUGCCUAGUGACGCCAUUGCCACCGCCGCCGCCGCCGCGCAUUGCAUCGAACGGACGAACGGAUUUUUUUCGCAUCACGCCACGCGGUACGAGACGAUCGCACUUUAGCAGCAGUUUUCCGGCAGUUUGUGCGUGUUAAUGAGCGAAGAAAGGAUUCCUUCCGUCUCCUCCUACUCAUCGUGCUUCUGUUCCUCGGAAGCCAACGACUGCCCCACGGCUAGAACAAAUCCCCGGCCAAUGGCCGCCGAUAGGAAGUGAUACACAGCGGCACCGUGAUUGCCGUCUGGAUGGGUGAUAUUUUGGGGUGACGACCGACAAUCAAUUAGCAGCCAGUUUGGGAGGGGAGUGUUUGUUGAUGUAUUAAUGAUAAUCAUUUUUUUUUGCUUCUACUUGUGUGUUUGUGUAUUUUGUGUCCGCCCGAUCGGGGGGGUGUGAGGAAAGAUUAUUGUUUUGUCUGGCAUAUUGUGACAAGGUGUGGGCGAUAUUUGGCGGGAGAAUUAAUAGAAGUGUGCAAUUUUACGGGAUCCUAUUGUGCAACGAUAGUAUUGUAAACGGUGCUUGUCUAAAGUAGGCACUGGGAAACGGUCGCCGUGAGGAAUAAUUGUGAAAAGAGUGAAAACUUAGUUUGCCGACGGCAAAGUGAAACAGUUCGGUUCGAUUCAUGAUUCGUUAUGGUGAUCUAUAUAAUGUUUGAACUGGUGUAGGAUACUGCGAGAAACUUUAGUGAUGUGUGAAACCCAAUAAUCCGCGGACAAAAUUCAGUUUAUGUCAUAUCCAAUAAAGUUGUCCCCGCGAUGCUCCCGAAAAUAGACACCUAGUUGGGGCAGAGCCAUCUCCCGCACGUGAGCCGCCGUGAGCUACACACCCACCAAACCGGCACGCCCCCAACCACCCGAACCUGCGCUGAUUAUGCCGCUUUUGGUUGCCCAGCGGACCGUGCAUAGAGUGGCAAUAGACCACCAAUUCAAUCAGUUGAGCUUUUAUCAGCACCGUCAUCGACAUCACCCGUCAAAGUUGGAAACGAAGCCGACGACGCCGACAAGUCGCGUCCAAUUUACAAAAAUAGAACCCUCAUCGGAGCCGGACGGCCGACAGGAACCAACCGUGGACCAGCAAGCGCUGGAUUUCACAAUGUCCAAAUUCAAAGCCAGCUCGCGGCAUCCGCUCUAUCGGCAGUUCUACGGCGGAGCGGACGAAUCGCCGCCCUACGAACAACCGGAGGAACAAGAUAACAGCGAUAGUGAAAUUCGAGAUAAGUCCUACGGAAAAAUUUGGCUAAGCAACGAGGCACAAUGGCAUCAUCCGGUGGGGAUGACACAGAGCCUUGGCCAACAGCAGCCCCUGAUGCCACCCGGUAUGCCGCCAGGUGGAUUGGGGAUGACAUCAUUGAAUCUACCUACCUCGACAUCGAUUUCACAGCACACAAUCCCAAACAAUCUGCUGUCCAUUCGGGAUAUGAUGCUGCAGAAUCCGAGCCUUGGGCUGCUGAACGAGAGCAAUUUGCUGCUCAAAAGAAGCAUGCUGGAAGGCAUGCCAUCGAGUUCAUUCGGAGGCUUCCCGUUAGGACCGAAUCCGCUGGGGAUUCCACCGACAACAAGCGGACCAUCGUCAUCCGCUCUCAGUCCAUUGAUGCACGCGAUCAAAAAAGAGAAAGAUGAAUCCGAUUCCGAGCUGAACCUUGACGAACGGAGCGCGAAACAAAAUCAAACCACUCGAUCGCCACCACCUCAUUUCGCACAUCAUCCUCCGCAUCAUUCCCAUCACCAUCCUCAUCCUCAUCAGCAGCAGCACCAGCAGCAUCAUCUUCUACACCACCAACAACAGCACCACCAUCACCAUCAAAGACCCGUUCAUCUCCCGCUAGCUCUGCAUCAUCAUCAUCCCCAUCCUGCAUCCCCGACGCUCUGUUCGUCCUCGGUGUCCAUGCUUCCGCCGGUGGACACAAAUCCGUCUACGUUAGCGGCAGCAGCAGCAGCAGUAACGGUGUCAUCAUAUCAACAUCAAAGACAUCAAAGAGCCUCCGAAGAACGUGAGUUGAAUUUCAAUACGCUGCCGCCGCCAUCACCAGCAGUGAUGCAGCCGCAGCAUCCGCAGACCCAGACCAAAUCGGCAACGGCGGGCUCCGGUUCCCAGCCUUGUCCGCCGCUCAAAACCGAACAGCGAGAUGAACUUGAGCCACAUACCAACCAUCAUCAGCAUCUUCACCAUCGCCAUCAUCAUCAUCAGCACCAUCACCAGCAUCAUCUCGCCCACCAUUCCCUGACAGAACAGUCGCAGACGCAGCAUCUCGCGCAGCAUCCAUCACCAAAUCGGUCAGAACCGGGUGAUAACGAUAACCACAACAGCAACAACGCUAAUAACAACAAUGACGGUGAUGAUGAUGAUGAUGAUGAGGACGAAGACGACAACGGCAUCGAAGGCGAUGAUGAUGAUGACUGCAUGGGUGGCAAUGGUGGUGCAGCCCCAUCAUCAUCAUCACUAUCAUCUGCAGCAAUCGCAGCAGCAGUGGGCCACGAGUCGAGCGCCAUCCAAGCAGCGAAGGAGCUAAAUCUAACUCGGCUAAAGUCAUCAUCACCUGACAUUAGCCGCCUGUCCAAAUCACCGUCUCCGCCUCCGUCACAUGACGAUGCCUACAGCGAUCGCGAAGAUGGAAGCGACCGUGAGCAUCUCGUCAGCCCGACGCCAGCGAAGCGACAAGAACGCCAUACUCCUCUGAACUUGAUUACAGACGCCUCCCGGCGAACACCGUCUCCUCCCCAACACACGCCACCGGCCAGUGCUCCAAACAGUGGCAACAUCGGGGUGGCUUUGGCCGCCCUCCAAAACCAGCUCCCGCUGGGAUCGCUCUUUCUGCAGAACCAGCUCGGGCUGGGAACGCUCGGUGGGCUCUCGAACCAAGAGCUGAACGUUCUGCAGCAGGCACUGCAAGCGCAGCAAGCUUCCUUCCAACAGCAGCUCCAAAACUACAUGCUGAUGCAGCAAGCUCAGCAAGCCAGCCCGGCAGGAAAUGGCGGCGCUGCGGCCCAAGCUGCCGCACAAUUUUUGAUGCAAAAUCAGCUGACUCCAAGCUAUCCUUCUCCACCUCAAUCCAUUACUAACCAUCAAGCACCAACUAGCAUCUCUACUAACAAUACGAAUCCACCCACCAUUAGCACCUCUGCCGGUACUGUUACCGCAGCUCUCAAACUACCACACGAUGGAUCACGAUCGCUUCAGGUCCAGCAAGCGGUCGCCCAACUGCAGGCCCUCCAGCAAAAACAACAACAACUCAAGGCCAGUUCCACGCCGACCCCGGGUAAUAUCUCCAGCUCGUCACCACUUCACAGCCCCGCCGGAAGCCCCGGUGGCCUGCACCAUCCAACAUCCCACAGUUCCCUGCUCGGUGCCAGCCAAACCACUCCCCCGAACGCCAACCAGCAGCUAAACAUCGGUGGCAUCCUAACCCCCUCCACGCCCGGAUCGACCGGCACGCACACGCCCCAAAUGCAGAAGCAUACGGCCGCGCCGCGUGCCCUCGAACCGUCGCCCGAGGAGAACACCGAGCUCGAGCAGCUGGAGGAGUUCGCCAAAACGUUCAAGCAGCGCCGGAUAAAGCUGGGUUUCACCCAGGGUGACGUGGGGUUGGCGAUGGGCAAACUGUACGGCAACGAUUUCUCCCAGACCACCAUCUCCCGGUUCGAGGCGCUCAACCUGAGCUUUAAGAACAUGUGCAAGCUGAAACCGCUGCUCCAGAAGUGGCUCGAGGACGCCGACAGCAGCAUCUCCAACCAUGGCGGUCGAAUGUUCACCUCGAGCGCCCUGACGAACACAACCGCCACCCCCGAAAUCGUGGGCCGCCGGCGCAAGAAGCGCACUUCGAUCGAAACCUCCGUCCGGGUGGCCCUCGAGAAGGCCUUCCUCGUGAACAGCAAACCCACCAGCGAGGAGAUCACAAACCUCGCCGAUAACCUGUGCAUGGAGAAGGAGGUGGUGCGGGUAUGGUUCUGCAAUCGGCGCCAGAAGGAAAAGCGGAUAAACCCCCCGAACGGGAUGGAAAGCCCCACGCACUCCUCCGGCAGCAGUGAAAUGUUCCAGCUACCGAACCUCUCCUCCGGAAGCUUACCCGCCCACUACCAGCAGCAGCACCACUCGCUGUCCGGUGGCAUCAAGCAGGAAUGACUAGCGUCGAGUGAUGGGGCACCCUCGCCAACCUCGAGUCACCAUUCCAACCCUCAGCUGCAGCAUCAGCAGCAACAGCAUCAUCCGUUUCUUAUAUGAAGCGUCCGCCAGUGAUUCCCCGUGCUCAGAGGUCACCAUCAGUUUCCGUCCCCAUCGUCCUCUAUCGAACCCCCCGGAACACUCUCCUCUCGAACUCCCAACCCUCACAAACACCUCUGUCCAACACAUAUCAUCCAUCCCUGGAGAUCCGAAAGCAGUUGAGCUGAACACACACACACACACACAGUCGUACUGACCAACUUCUGAGAAGUUGUCCGUGCCAGGAGAAAGAAAAAUCUCCCGGAAAUGAAUGCAACAAAAAAAAAUCGCAACCCACGUGGAGAUAAUAUUAUUUAUUGAACCGAUAACAAACAAAAGGAUAUUUACAUUAAUGUGUUCUGUAAAGCAAGCGAGAAGCGAUUAACUUUAAUUAAAUCAAUAUUAGUGUUGUAAGCGUAAGAAAAAUAGAGGGAAAAAACAAACAUAAGAAGAAAAAAACCUAUAGGAGCUAAUCGAGAGACGAUAUCAUUCCAAAUGAAGCUUUAAGCACAAUUAUGAUUAUUAUUAUUACUAUUAUUAUCAAUUACUGCGCGCGUUGAUCAAAGUGACGAAUGCUUCUUGGAAAGGUCCCGUGCGCCAGGAAAUUUCCAAGAACCAUCGGUGUAUUUUACGUUCCACUUUGCUCAACGCCUCCAGCGUGUUUCUUUUUGUAAAUAGUAACCAAAUCCUUCCCUAGAUGUGAAACAUUCGUUGUAAAUCUGUAUAAUCCGUUUGGCCGUAAUAAUGUACUUUCUGUAUUGCUGUGUGACCUAAUGACAAAAAUGUGCAAUGUGCGUCAUACCGGUUCCCUAGUUUAUUGCUCUUCUAAGUUACUCUAAGACUAAAAAAAAAUCAUCACAUGCACAUUUAUCCUCACGGUUUUAGUUUUAUUUUUUUUACACCACACAUUCCAUCUAAAAAAAAACACAACCAAUGAUUAAAAAAUCAAUGCUGUAUACUAAAAUCGAGAAAACUAUCGUGUACUACUAUUAGGAAUUAUAAUCGAGAAAGAAUAAAAAAAAACCCUACACAUGUUUAGGCUGUAAAAAGUGUAGUAAAAUGUAAAAUCUAUAUUUUUGUUUUGUUUUUUUGACACAUACACACACAAACACACUUGUAGCACUCAUCACUGUGUAAAAUGAAAAAAAAAGAUAGUUGGAGACACUAAAGUGUGAACGAUAUACCCAAAGAAGUAUCAACAAACAAACAAACAAACAAAAAAGUACUACUACUUACCUACCUACUUAAGCGAGCGAGCGUAUGAGUGAUGAUUCUUCGGGACACAGAAUGUAACUUAUUUCCAGUUAUCCUCUAGAGGAAAAACAAACAUACGCAUGCGUAUGCACGCACACACACAAACACGUACGAAUAACCUAAUCAACCCUAGAGGCUUCAUUUUCACAAAUAGUUCUCCAGAUGAAAACAAACAAAAAAAAAAAUAUCUUUAAAUAACAAGAGUGGAGAGCUCCCUUUGUGGAACACUCCCGGUCUUCCAGCCAAUGUAAUAAAUAGUAGCACGAAAAAUAGAGAGAACAAGCAAAUACACAAGGAUAGUUAUAUUUUUAGUUAACUAAUUCAGAACGGAUUGAUGUUCCUAUGAUGACGGUGGUGAUGAUGAUGAUGAUGAUGAUCGGGUCCUGUUACCCAUCCCCUCAAGUGAUCGUUCAUGAUUUGAGGAGGACAAAAAUGACACGUUAUCCGGUUAUUUUCUUGCGUAAGACAAAUUGCGAUAUGAAUGCGGGAAAGGGAAAGAGCCGUAACAGCAACAAAUCAAAGCUAGAAAAACGUUUGAAUAACAACAAAAACACGGAUUAAAAACUGUUGUAUGUGAGUUAAACCAAUUUUUGUCUAUAUUAUUAUUAUUUUCCCCCCAAAUGAGUCGAUAUUAUAAACGAGUUCAAUGGUGUACAUAAGUGGAGAAAACAAAAAAAAUCAGCUAUAAACAAAACCCUAGAUGAAUAUGAGUAAUAAAUAUCGAUCCACAAUUGAAA